AUGUUUGGUACUUGGAAGUACGAUCCUGAGACGGAUGAGGUCCAGAGCGUUCGCAAUGGCUUCGACCCUGUCACGGCCCGCUCUAGUUCCCACCAGGCAUGCGAUCGCUGUCAUGAGAAGAAGCUCAAGUGCAGUGGAGACAAGAAUGGCUGCGAACGAUGUCGGAGCAAUGGUCUUCGCUGCGAGUAUACACGCUCCGGCUCCAAGUCUUCCAAGAAGAAGAGUCCUCGCAAGUCCAACGACGGCGACAGUCCAUCGAGCUCUAGCUCUCGACGAGGGGGCAGCUCUUCCAAGCGCUCUAGCAAGCAUCACGGGCACUCGUCUCGAAUAGUCACGUCAGGAGAGGAAACAGGGGGUGUUCUGAGCCAAUUCGACUUCUCACAGCUCAGCCCUGAAGAUGGCUUCGAUCUCAACUUGCUCUCGAGCGCUGAUCAGAGCGCUGGAGGCUAUGCCACGGCUGGACCCUCAGGAGACCAGUACAAUAUGCAAGCCUAUGACACAAACUACCAACAGUGGGAUGCAUCAGGAUACUCGCAGGGCUACUCGAAUGAAGCCUGGGGCGGCGAGUAUGACCAGAGCGCUUACACCCAUGAUCCGCGAUACUAUCACAGCGGACGCUGA